CUGCAACAGCUGACUGCCGAGCACUUCACCCAGUGCCUCAAGGAACAAAGAGAGGAGGAAACAGCCAUUCAGAAUACGUUUUUUUAAAUCUCUUUUUUAUACCCUUAAAAUAAUCAAAGUGCAGCGAGGACGCGAGAUGAGGCACGCGGUGGCACCGGCAGAAAACGUGGAAAAUAAUUCUUUUGCAGUGACAAACCUGAUAAAGAUAUGUGCCCAUUGUGAGCGGCUAAGCAAAAAGGACUUGGGAGUAAGGAUCCCGAGACCCUUAGGUAACGGACCAAGCAGAUUUAUCCCUGAAAAAGAGAUUCUGAAAGUCAGUAAAGUGGACGCCCGGACACAGUCGAUAUUUGAGGAUGCGUUUGCAGCCCUCGGUCGCCUCGACAACAUUUCUGUGGUGAUGGGCUUCCACCCACAGUACCUGGAGAGCUUUCUCCGGACGCAGCACUACCUGCUGCAAAUGGAUGGACCCCUGUCUUUGCACUACCGACACUACAUCGGCAUCAUGGCGGCAGCUAGACACCAGUGUUCCUAUUUAGUCAACCUGCACGUGAACGACUUCCUCCAGGUCGGGGGUGAUCCCAAGUGGCUGAACGGCUUGGACGAAGCCCCGCAGAAGCUGCAGCAGCUCGGAGAGCUCAACAAAAUCCUUGCCCACAGACCUUGGCUUCUCACCAAGGAGCACAUCGAGCGCCUUCUGAAGGCAGAGGAGCACAGCUGGUCCCUCGCAGAGCUGAUCCACGCCGUGGUCCUCCUCACACACUACCACUCCCUCGCCUCGUUCACCUUCGGCUGCGGCAUCACGCCCGAGAUUCACAGCGACGGCGGACACACGUUCAGACCCCCCUCCCUCAGCCAGUACUGCGUCUGUGACAUUGCCAAUGGCAAUGGUCAUGCUAAUCACCAUGAUGAUCAGCUUGGCAACCAGGAGAUGUGUGGCGAGGUGGAGGUGCUGAUGGAACGCAUGAAGCAGCUGCAGGAGUGCCGCGACGACGAGGAGGCGAGCCAGGAGGAGAUGGCUACUCGUUUUGAGAGGGAGAAGACGGAGAGCAUGCUGGUGGUCACUGCAGAGGAUGACGAGUGCGCCCCCUCCAGAGACAUCUCCAGACACUUUGAGGACCCCAGCUACGGCUACAAAGACUUCUCCAGGAGGGGGGAACAUGUGCCCACAUUCAGAGUGCAGGACUACAGCUGGGAGGAUCACGGUUUCUCUCUGGUCAACAGACUGUACCCUGAUGUUGGUCAGAUGCUGGACGAGAAGUUCCAGAUGGCCUACAAUCUGACCUACAACACCAUGGCAACCCACAAAGAUGUGGACACCAGUAUGCUGCGCAGGGCCAUCUGGAACUACAUCCACUGUAUGUUCGGCAUCAGGUAUGAUGACUAUGAUUACGGGGAGAUAAACCAGCUUCUGGACCGUAGCUUUAAGAUCUAUAUUAAGACCAUGGUGUGUAGUCCUGAGAAGACCACCAAACGAAUGUAUGAAAGUUUCUGGAGGCAGUUUCAGCACUCCGAGAAGGUCCAUGUUAAUCUGCUUCUUAUGGAAGCGCGAAUGCAGGCAGAACUGUUAUACGCUCUGAGAGCGAUCACCCGCUACAUGACAUGAAGUGCUUUUGGCGUUUUUAUCGUUGUCUUUUUACUGUCAUUGUUGUUGCUCAUGGGACACUUCAAGGAAAAAAAAAAAAGAAAAUCAAAGGGGGGAGGGAGGGGAUUCAACAAAAAAAUGUGGAAGAGAUGCGAGAGGCUCUGGGUUGUGACAGUGCUUGUUGGAUGGAUGUUGAGAAGAGGAUCAGAACAAAACGAAAGCAAGGAAGAAAAAAAAGAACUGUUGAAGAAAGUCAUCUCAAACUACAAGUGGAUACACAAACUCAGUUCAUGUUGCCUGCAGUGCCAAAUCUGACCAAGAGAGGGCAGACUCCUGCCCUGCUGGGAGCUCUGUGCCAGGCCAGAGCACUGACACCUGAGGCAUCCAGGACGCCUUUCAGUAUUCCAGCACGCAACAGCGUUUGUCACCAGUCUCUUCUGUCUCCUGGUAGAGUGAAGCCCCACCGAAAAUCCCCAGAAAGCUGUGCAGCCAGAAACAGCCUGCACUUUGAUUCUGUCGUCACUGUCAUAUUUGUUUAGUUUCUUUAGUAUCUUCUUCAUUUUGUAUCAAGGGAAGCGCAUGUCGUCGACGAUGUGGUUGCUGUUAUGCUAACUGGAGGUGGAAGCGUUAACGUUGGGCUGUGUUUUUUUACGUGUGCCUGAACUAUCCAGCACAGUGUGCGUACGUGCUGAUGCUGCUGCUCCCAUGUUGUAUUCAGUGGGGUCAUAUUGAUCUCCAAAUCACCCAACCCCCCAAACCCCAUUAUACCCCGUAAGCCCCUAUCCAUUAGAAAUCCACUGCAUUACCCCCAUCCCUCCUGUCCUCUACCCCCAUCCCAAAUCUCAAAUGUCAAUGUAAGCUAAUCCAAGGUGUGAAAACCAGAGAGGUGUGGAAAGAAACUCAAAAGAACACUGUCUGAGCCCUUUUUGAGUUUGACUGUGCACGUGUGGAUGACUUCUGUAUUCAUGAUGACUGAGGUGUGUGCGUGUGUGUGUGUGUGUGUGUGUGUGUGUUUUUGAAAGAAAUGACGGAGAAAAAAAAAUUUCGUCUUAGAAUUUCAUGUGUCAAAAAAAAAAAAAGCGAGGCACUUUGAAGGAAAGACUUCUUGCUUCUGCUGUAGCUCUGUUUUUGUGAGAUAACUGUGUAUCAUUUGUUGUUGAUGAUGAUGUCUUUGUUUUUCUGGUAAUGGGUGGGGGGGGAAAGCUAAUCAAAAAGAAAGUUAGAAACCAGGUUUUCCAGGAGGGAUUUGCUUCCGGUUGCCCUAACCACACCUUAUCUGUCUUCCGCUUAUCCCAGCUGCCUGGUCACCCUAACACUUUUGAAGCUUUGGAUUGUGAAUUUUACCAGUAAAUGAAUACCUCUAGAAAACAUAUAAGAAGUGCUCUUUGUUGAGCAGAGACUCUUUCCGGGCGGCGGCGUUCCCAUUGCUCGGGGACCCUGCUUGCCCAUACAGGACCGACUGCGGUCGAUAGCUGUCGAACGCAAAAGGUUGUAGCUGUGCUUAUUUCCCUGCAGGGGAAUCUAACCAGUGCAAAAGCAGCUUUUUUUUUUUUUUUUUUAAUUUCGAACAGAGGUGUGAAACCUCUGCUGUUUCGUUUUUUUGUUUACUAAAACCAGUUAAGAACUGCAUUCUUCUGAGGGUGGAUUGAGAGAAUCAGACAGAUGAAUGAGUGAUAUCCUGAGGAAGAGGAGGAGGAAGGCAAUGAUAAAGGAAUGGUACAUUUGGAAGUGGUUUGAGAGGAAGUGGAGGGUUUUUUUCAAACUUCUAACUGAUGUCAGUUACUGACAGUUUUUUAUAUGAGAAAAGAUGAAAAAAAUAAACAUAUGACAUUAAAUUGUUGUGUAUCAUUCGUAGUUUUCUCCUAAACAAUUUCAUUGCUCCAUAGAAGCGAUUGUAUUCGAUGUGGAGAGGCUGACACAAUUCAGGAAUCAAACAGUCAUAGCACAAUCAGUGUCGCCAUCAGCUCACUUCCACUGCUCAGUCGCACAAGCGAAGGAAAUCAGAUAAUUAGUAAGCAUAUUUGAAUGCUUUCAUACAAAAGAUGACUCAUGACAAGACAUGGAGUGUUGUACUGUCACCUCAUGUUCCAAAGUACACUCAGCUCUUAAAUAAUAAAGCUGACUUCAUCAACAGUAAGCUGAACUCAGGGGAGUAGUUCAGUUUGUCAUCAGUACAGUCCAGGGACUUUUACGUGAAUUUCAUUUCACUGUAGCUUGAGAACUGUAUGACUCACAGGGAGCCAGAUACUGGUCCCUGUUCCUGUGGUGCAGUCAAGGUUUCUCUUUGCGCCAGCAUUUGGAUUGAGAUAAGGGGGGAUUCCUUGUAGGCCACCUUACCUCUCUUUCCUGUUUGCCUCCACGUCACUGGGAAAAAUCCCUCACUUCCCUGGUGAUCUGUCUGAACUUCAGGGUCUUUCCUGUCGAGGCCACAGAGGCCUGUCUGUCAAUUCACGAUCACCAGGAGAAACUCAGUGUUAUCCCACUGACCAAACUGCCUUCACCUUUCCGUGGCUUUCCCAGACAAUAUAUGGAAUAGGAAACAUUUAAUAAGCGACCCUGAUAUCAGCCAGCCAACUGUCGUUCAUAUCAACCUGAUAAAUUCUAUGUAGAGAACAAUGUUUGUUAUUAGCCUUGGCUAAUGGUUUGUUUAGGGGGUUUUAAAACAUCAGCUUGUCUUGUGGUUGUUUUAAGGUCACUACUGUGUGAAACCUGGGGGAACUGACACAGAGGGUUUUUACAUUAAGUGCCGUUUCUGAUUUGUUUCAAUGUAAUAAUGAUGUGAUUUUGAAAUGCUGUACCUUAGGCUACUUGGUGUAACUUGUAAGCACUGCCUGGCCCCAUAUCUGUGUAACAAUAAAGGCUUUGAAAAGCAAAAAA